UGGGUCGAUUAAAAAACACAUUUUAAAGCGAAUUUCUGUAGUGAAUUCGUCUGCAAUUUACUGGGACCCGGGAUUAGAGAAAUGGGUCGCGAAAUGGAGCUGGAACAAGUGUCGACUUCACUGUUAAAAACUUAAUCAAAAGCUUUUUUUCAUCAGUCAACCCACGUAAUUUCUUUGAUUCCAUCACGAAAUUUCAUUAAACCCACGUGGGUCCCUCUUUGGACUGUUUUCUCCCUUGAAUUCUAAGCUUUAAUUUCUGUGUUUUCGGCUGGGUGGUCUCUGGAUCUAGCUCAAUUGCAAAUUUCUCCACCUUUAACAUCGCCAGCUUUAAUAAGGCGCGCCAAGAAUCAAGAACACGUGAAAUCCGUGGUGAAUUGGUGUUGUAAUUGAGAAAAAAACGUGUUGAUUUGAUGUAAUUGUGAAUUCCGUGGCUUUGUUGUCAAGGGGUGCCGUAGUAUUUGAUUCUUGGCACAAGGGAAUUUCUGCCGUGUGUUACUUCUUUGGCAUCAUGAUUCUCUCGCCUUUUGCUUUACAUAAGAGUGGGAGGAAUUUGAUGGUGGUGUUGUCAAUUCGUUGCUGUUUCCUUGCAUUUGUGAAGGGCAUGAAAUAUCUCGAGUUUGUUUUUGGUUAAAGCUUUUUCAAUAGGUAGAUUCAAUAUGAAUGCUGUGGGAAUUCAUCUUAGGUAGGAAUAGGAAGGAACACACUCUUUGCUCAUAUGCUGUGGUGAAUUGGUGAUGGAUACCUCUGCAGAGCCAUCAUCUUCAAUCAGCUUCACCUCCUCCUCCCGUUUCUCGAAUGGAUCGACCGCGAGCAACAGAAUGCACGCCUCUGGUGUUGGAUCGGAUGCAGGGCUGAAUCUCGAAAUCAUCAGCUUGAGCAGGCUGAGUAGCAAUUUGGGGCAGCUGUUGUCGGAUUCCGGUGGCGACUUCAGUGAUGCGGAGGUUGUGGUGGAAGAGAGUAGCGUGGGCGUGCACCGGUGCAUCUUGGCUGCCCGGAGCAACUUUUUCCGUGACUUGUUUGCCAAGGAUAAGGUUGUCGGUGGGAAGGAGGGAAAGCCGAGGUAUUACAUGGCGAAUAUGUUGCCGUAUGGCAAGGUUGGAUACGAGGCGUUUGUGAUCUUCUUGAGCUACUUGUACACGGGGAAGCUUAGGGCGUCCCCUUCGGAGGUGUCUACGUGCGUGGAUAGUUUGUGUGCUCACGAUGCCUGCAGGCCCGGGAUCGACUUUGCUGUGGAGUUGAUGUAUGCAUCCACCAUUUUUCAAGUCUCCGAGCUUGUUUCUCUUUUUCAGCGUCGCCUUGUUAAUUUGGUUGGGAAGGCUGUUGUAGAGGAUGUCAUCCCGAUUCUCACAGUCGCGUUCCAUUGUCAAUUGAGCCAGCUCCUCACUGUGUGCGCCCACAGAGUAGCUCUGUCGGAUCUUGAGACGAUCUUCAUUGAGAAGGUCGUCCCGUCUAGUGUUGCAGAGGAAAUUAAAUUACUUCGUCUCAAAUUCCAAUCAGAGCAAGAAAAUCAAGCGCCUCCCGUGGAUCCUAUGCUCGAGAAGCACAUCAAGAGAAUACACAAGGCGUUGGACUCGGAUGAUAUUGAGCUCGUGAGGCUUCUCCUGACCGAGUCUGAUGUAACCCUGGACGAGGCCUGUGCCCUGCAUUACUCCGCUGCAUUUUGUGACCCCAAGAUAGUUUCGGAGGUGCUUAGUCUAGGUCUAGCCGACGUCAAUUUGAGGAAUUCACGGGGCUACACGGUGCUCCACGUUGCUGCUAGGCGGAAGGAGCCGUCAAUUAUAGUGUCGCUUCUGACCAAAGGAGCGUCUGCAGCAGAGCCGACGUUUGAUGGGCAGAGCGCAGUUAGUAUCUGCAGGAGGCUGACGAGGCCGAAGGAGUAUCAGAUGAAACGAGAGAAAGGGCAGGAGGCGAACAAGGACCGGAUAUGCAUCGACGUGUUGGAGAGAGAGAUGCGGAGGAAUCCAACCGCAGGGCACGCAUCUUUCUUGUCCCUCGCGAUGGCUGAUGAUCUGCACAUGAAAUUGCUAUACUUGGAAGAUAGAGUGGCGUUUGCUCGGAUGUUCUUCCCUACUGAAGCGAAGCUGGCUAUGGAAAUCGCGUAUGCUGAGUCGACGUCGGACCUUGCUGGUCUUCUCGCAUCUAGAGGUUCGAGCGGGAACUUGAUGGAGGUGGACUUGAACGAGACGCCCGUCUCCCAGAAUAAACGGCUCAUUUCAAAAAUAGAAACCCUAUCUAGAACAGUUGAGUUGGGACGGAGAUACUUCCCGAAUUGCUCGCAGGUGCUGGACAAGUUCAUGGAAGACGACUUGCCUGAUGCGCUCUACCUUGAGACGGGCACCCCGGAAGAGCAGAAGAUGAAACGGACGCGCUUCAUGGAGCUCAAAGACGAGGUUCAUCGAGCGUUCAGCAAGGACAAAGCGAAGCUCCAUCGCUCCGGGUUUUCGUCGUCGUCUUCCUCCUUCAAAGACAGCAUAUCUCACAAAAUAUAUAAAAUUUGAGAAAAGAAAUAGAAAGAAAGAAAGAUGUUCUUAGCACUGUUUUCUACACUUGUAGAGAUGUGUUUUUAGCAAAUUCUUGUAAUAAAUGUUUUAAGAUGCAUCAGUUACUAACCUUGUUUAUUGAAAGGCAGUUUCUAAUUAACUUCUUGAUUUUGUGAA